AAUCACCUUCAACCAAAACCAUGGACAGUAUUACUUUUGAAAAUGUUAGACGCUGGAACAUUGAACAAGUUGCAAAUUGGCUAAAAGAAAAUAAUUUUAAGGAACAUCAAAAACUUUUUGCGGGUAUUGAAAAUUCUGCUGAAAUUUUAAUUACAUUUAUUUACGUGCUUUUAGAAAUAGAUCAUGAAGUUCUUAGAGAAUUAAAUAUUAGAUCAAUCGGUGAUCGCGUUAGACUUCUAGCAGCAGUAAGGAAUUUGUUAAAGACAUGUGCAGGAAAUAAUUUAAAUUAUUCGGCAAUUAAAUAUCCUAAGGAUAAUAAUUUAUCUGAAAAUGAAAAAGCUAAAAAUACACUUUCAAGAUCUAAUUCAAAUUCACGUGUACUAGUAAGAUCCAAUUCAAAUCCUCGAAUGGCUAUGAGAUCAAAUUCUAUUAGUCGCGGAAAUAAGGAUCAUUUUAAAUCACCCGCACAUGUCAAGCAAAAAUCUGUAGAGUGUCCUAUGUCAGUUGAGAGUGUCAUGCAGAGAUGUAUUAAAGUUCAUGGUGAAGAAGGUCAAACACGAACAAUUCCUAUAAACAAUAUCACAGACGCAAAAUCUAUUUUAGCGCGUAUUUUACAAAAGUUUAAUAUUAAUGAGGAUGCUGAAAAAUAUUCAUUAUUUGCCACAUAUAGCGAUGGUGCAACACGAAGUUUGACCGACGAAGAGAUAGUCAAUAUUUGUACAAACGUUAAUAGACCAGAGCGUGAAAGACUUGCUAUACGAAAGAAACAUCUACCAAUGAGCCACGAACAAAAAAAGGAACAAAUGAGUCGCAAUAUGAGUCGCAAAAAAUUAGAAUAUAUACUUGGCGAAAAACCACCAACUAUACAGCCAACUGGAAUAUCACAUAAUAAAUUAAGAAGUUUCUUUGGUCAACGUCCACCAUCCGAAUUAAUUUCAUCAAAUUUAACCGAUUAUUUCCCUGGUCAUGCCACUGAAGAACUUGAACGUAGUGCUAGAAAUUCUAUUAGAAGAGCUUCAAGGAGGAUUUCUUCUGCUUCUAGAAAUUCAAGGCCAAGGUCUAGACGUAUGUCUAGAGUAUUCGAAGAUUCCAAUAAUAGAAUGAGUACACUAUUUGGCACUUCAAUGAAUCUUGGAGAUUAUGAAACAUCUAUUCCAGAAGAACCAGAUUAUGAAGAUUCUAUGGAGUCUGAAACUUUGGAAGAUUUAAUACCCGAAGAAGAUGAAGAAGAUGAAAUUGAAGAGGAAGAUGAAGAGGAUGAAGAAGAUGGAGAAGAUGGGAAUUCAAAUAUUAGAUGGAUGAAAGGUGAUUUAAUUGGUAUGGGCUCUUUUGGUACUGUAUAUCUUGGACUUAAUUCAGCUACUGGCGAGUUGAUGGCAGUUAAACAAGUGGAAUUACCUAGUGGAAAUUCUGCAAAUGAAGAACGUAAAAAAUCUAUGUUGGAUGCUUUACAAAGAGAAAUUACGCUUUUGAAAGAAUUACAACAUGAAAAUAUUGUUCAAUAUCUUGGCUCUCAACAUGAUAAUGACGAGAAAACAUUAAAUAUUUUCCUGGAAUAUGUACCUGGAGGAUCCGUUACAACAAUUCUUAACAGCUAUGGUGCUUUAGAAGAACCUCUAGUUAGAUCAUUUGUCCGACAAAUUUUACAAGGAUUAGA